AUGGCUUCGACCACGGACCUAUUGCCUCGUCAGCCUUUACUGCAAGGUGCGUACGCAGAGCCAGCACCUUGUUCACAUCGACCUGCUAUCACCUCCAGAGGAUGCACCCAGUCAUUCCCAUCCCCGAAAGUGCUGCUGUACUCAGCGUCUGGUGCGGCCGGAACCCAUGGAACUUCAGGUCGGCAAGGCGGUUAUCCCGCAGGUGCAGGUGGUCGAGGUAGUGAUGGGCAGCCAGGGCAACAUGCCGGAACAGUCGCCAUCGUGCUUCAUGGGGAUGCAACAGGUUUCACCGUCAAUGGCCAGCGUUUCGCGUAUGCGGACGUUGACUCGAUCGGUGUUGCAGCUGUUGGCGGCUCAGGCGGUCAGGGUGGGAGGGGCGGAGAUGGUGGUUCUGGUGCCCCAGGCCGCGAUGGCAGCGAUGCAACCCGCUACAGCCCUGGUGGGAAUGGUGGCUGCGGUGGAGAUGGUGGCGAUGGCGGACCGGGAGGUGAUGGCGGGCGGGGCGGAGACGGCGGAACGAUUGCGGUUGCUACUGCGGAGGAAGAUGCUUACCUGCUGAUGAUGAUGCCGCUGGAGUUGGAGCCAGCCGAACUUGCAACCCUGGUCAACGGUGGCCGUGGAGGCGAUGGUGGCCAUGGUGGCUCAGGCGGUGCUGGAGGUCGCGGGGGCCGGGGCGGUGCGUCGUAUUCUUGGACGGAGUCAUAUCAAAAAGAUGGUGAAACCUUCACGACGCACCAUCAUCAACCAGGUGGCAGUGAUGGGCCAUCUGGCAGCCCUGGUCUUAGUGGCCGUGGUGGUCUUGGAGGCAAAGCUGGGAGUCAGGGUCUCUACGGCAUUCAAGUGGGAGGCAUCGAGUAUGUGCGCCGGUACCACAUGGUAUGCAACUCUUUCCAGUUGAUUGAGCAUCCAGACACACCGCAAGACCAUGAUGGCUUAUUCGAGUUUGGUGAAAUGAUUGCUUGCAGCCAGUUCGCCGUGCAGAAUCCAAUGAAGGGUAGUAUGUCAACACCGACCAUCCAUCAAAGGGCUGAGAUCUACCUCCGACCGGGAGCGAAGUGGACAGAGCGAGCGCCACAUGGCCCACGAGUAUUUCUAGGCCCUAACUUGAAGAUGACAGGAGGGGCCCAUCAUUCCGUCACGGAUCAGAUAUUGCAUUGUUUCAUCAAGUACCCGGAUCUGGAUGAGUAUGGAGAGGACUUCGAACCCAUCUCCAUCACUGACCGAGUCUUCUUAAACUGUGCGCAGUGGGGGCAUCAAGACAUGGAGGAGAACUUCGUCCGUGAUUUUCACAGCUUCGGAGACCAGUCAUCACAGGCGUUCGAUGCACACUUUCCCGUUGUCAACCUGAGGGGCAUUGAUGCUUUGCCAUCAGUGGCUGCUGGAGAGCGCUGCGUAGUCCGCUUCCACGUCAAGAACAGUACACGCCUCCCUCUCGGUGAUGGGCAGCCCCGCGGUCGGAAGGUUAUUGUGCAGUGGGAGCCCAAGGAGACUUCAACAAGAUCCCCGUGUGUGAGUUUCGUGGAUCUGCGUGACGAGUUCAGCAACCCGGCGCCGCCAGGCUUCUUCACAAACCUUCCCAACCUACCAAGCCUGGGCAGCGACUUUGUGCAGAUCCAGCUCGGCUGGCGCGAGGACACACCCGACUUCUCAGAGCUUUCGCUCCAUGCCACUCUAGGCGUACAAACCCCAUCCGCACACGCCUGGAAGAAGGCCCCAGCGAGCAUGGCUUGGGAGAUCGGCGGGACAUAUGGGACCCACGUUCAGAAGCGAAAGCAUGUUUUCAAGUGCAUUCCAUCCUUCAAGAUUCCUACUGGCUAUGCAGACGCAGCCGUUUCAGCAAUCGUCAUCGUCUCGCCUGGUGCAGACAUGGCCGUGUGCAAGCACUGGGUGGACAUGUUGAGACAGGACUUUGGGAUCCCCACAGCCAUCUGGAACAUGCAGAAAUACGGCCAUUUCGAGCCAGAAAAGGAGGAGAGCCUUUGCGAGAUGCUCAGUAACUCGCAGAACCUGUUGCUUGUGGUUUUCGAUUAUCCAUUUCAAGUCCAAGCUGCCAAAGCCAAGUCUGAGUUGGAGAUGGUUCUGCCCUCGGACUUGCUCAACCAGACCACACUGCGUCGGCAUUUACAGCCUUCUAGAAGCCGGGUGCUUCUCAUUUCAGAGAACGAGGCUGCCAGGACCCGUGCACAGAGACGAUUGGGCGCUAUUGUCGAUUUGUCUCAAGUCUCCGAAGAGGAAGGCGUAGCCCUAGGACCUCAGGAUUCCCCCGACGAAGGCCACUUUACUGUGCCCUGCACAGCCCACGCCCCGUCCAGUUGCUGUUUGUCUGCCUCUGGCAAUGCUCGCGCAGUGCAGAAGCUGGCCUUGAAGCUGUGUGAAGAUCAUGGGGCCCCAGGACGGCGCAUGAUCGCAGUGCACAAGAUGUUGGAAAUAGGGCCAGCAGAUGCACCUUCUAGUUGUGGAAGGUUUCCGUGGCUGGUUGGCUAUGUGGACUUGCUCGUGGAGCAUCAAGCAGACUGGGAUUUGCCCUUGGAGAUCUACGGAGUAGAGGGCCUUGCUGACCUUGAGUCUUGUCAUCGCCACCGUAGGGCCUUGACCUUUGCAGUUGUGGCCUCGUUGCCGCGUGCUGCCAAAGUGGAGCAUCUGAUCUCAUGCCUGAAGCAAGUGCAAGCAGCCGCAAGCACGUCUGCCGACCUGACGGCCAAUGAACAGAUGCUCGAGCUCUAUGUGUGGGCUUUCUUGCAGGAGGUGAGGUGUGAGCUGGCAGCUGCAGGCCCGGACAUGGCAAGGCCAGUUGAGGCCUGCGUGCCAUCGCUGCUCCUCCUGAACCAACAGCUCUCGACAGCUGAGCUAGCACGGCUCCCGGAUCACCACCGUGGCGGUCAGUCGCGUGGAGUUCACUCCAGCUGCUACUGCAAUGGUCCGAGGAAAAACACGGUUUGGGCUUGCAAUCUGGCUGAAGGCGGAGCCACUGACGCUGAAGCUGGCCAAGCUGGCAUCAUUGUGGUGGAUUCGGCUGCAGGUCUAUUGCAGACGACCAGCCCAUGGCAAGGAGAGAAGUCCAGAGACAAAAGCCGGAGGGCAGAGUGGGCCUUCUCCCUGAGCUGCGAGCAGCAGCAGCAGUGCCACAUGUGGUGGGAGUGGUGGCAAUUUGUGGCAUUCUUCCUUGCGUCGUUGCUUUCCCUUGGGCUCUUCCUGGUCUACCUCUGCACCAGGCCACAUGAAUCUCAAUUCAAGCGGCUGCCUGUUGUUAAGCUUGCUGCUGGCAGCAGGCUUCGAUGUAGAGCACACCUCCUGCGUUUAAACGCCACCCGCGACUUACUUUGUGGGCUGCGCAUGCUGGCGGAGUUGGCGCGUAAAGAGAAGCAGAAGGGUGGGAAGAACCCCAAGAGAUUGCUUGCCCAGUACUACGACUCACAGAUCGCCCAGUGCCAGGCCGUCCUUUUUCCCGAUGGCACCCACGAGUCAGUCCCAGGGUUCUUGCGACGGCGCCUGCAAGGAUUGCAGGCGCAGUGCCGGUUCUUUGCGAAGGGCAGCUUGCACAGGCUGUUUGGCGCCGAAGGCUGGGCAAGGUGGGCCGACCCAGUCACAAGUGAAGGUCAUUUGGACAUGUCGCUGCAGCCCUUGGAGCGGGCCCUUGUACUCCCGCAAGCAGAGUGGGAGUAUAUGUGUGAUGCGCACAGGCACGUCCACCUGAAAAGGUCUGAGCGAAGCUUCCGGAUCCAGGACAAGCAUGGAGACAUGAUCGUGACAGACGAAACUACGUUUGUGGCGUGCGGCUUGUGUGGCCGCCUCGUUCCCACGCACCACCAAGGUCGACAUGAAGCCACCGAGUGCGCCAACAGGCAGCAAGGGCUAGAAUACAGCAUGUCUAUCCUUUCGAGCCCAGCUGAAAGAAAGCUGCUGUCGGACAGCAAUAUCAGCGCCUUGGAAGAGGCUUGUCAGGACGGCCACUCUGCACUGACGCUGGCAGAGCGGCAAAAGUUGGAACACCUAUUGCACUACAUCCUGAUCGAGCGGAGGCUUCACAGUGUGUUGGCAAAGGACGAUGGCGACGUGGACCCUUUCGAGCUAGAUGACCUGCUUGACAAGGUUCGGAUGGCCGCAGCCGGGAGAGCCUUGGGCGAGCAAGCUGCCCAAGGCAUUUACCUCGGCAGUGGCGUGGCCAAGCUCUGGAGAACUAUGGACGUCCACACUGUGGGUGAGAUUGAAGGCAUGCGUGCUGAUGGUGUGAUGGAGGUCGCCGACAUGAUCCUUGCGGCGCCAACUCCUCCACAAGGCCAGCAGCGCCAGGAGCUGUUGCAAGCAAGUCUUUCGCACCGAUGGUGGGGCAUUAAAGGCUUCGAAAUGCGGCGUAAAGGCGCUGGAACUGGUGACUCGCCAACUCGGCUCCGAAACGUGGAGGUGGACGACAAUGCUCUUCUCAAGCGCGCCGAGAGGCUUCUGGCCCUGAUUGACCUAGCUCGCACCUAUGGACUGAAGCUGCAGGAAGCUGUCUGGGUGGACGGUGGCAAGAUUGCGUUGGCACACCUCUGGCUUGGACACCAUCACGAGGAGGACUUGACGACCCGGCUCCAGUUCUGCCGUCGCUUCGACCUCCAGGAGCACGAGAAGUAUGUCCAAAGGGCUGAGGAGGUGAAGUUGCUCAAAAAGGUUCCAAAGGACUGGGAUAUCCACGCCAUCCUGGAGCGUGGUGGUGCCCGGGACAUCGCCCGUGAGCAGAUGAAGGAUGAUGUGGCUGUGGACGCAUUCCAAGAGCUUUUUGACUUGUCGUUCAAGAGCACAUACACUCGAGACCGGCGUGGAGCCAAACUCCCAGAGAAGAUGAGGGUGCUUGCGGUAAAGAAGGUGAUGAACCGGGCCGUGUGGGAGAGCUACCUGCUUUUCCGUGAGAAGGUCCGGAAGAGUUGGCUGCGGAAGCUGCGCCCAUGGCCAGCAUCGGUGCGCCGGCCCAUCACAGAUGCAUGGCCCGACAGUGAACAGGUGAGGCAAGCGGACUUGCUGCAGCCAUUGGUCCAGGAGGUUAAUGAGGCCUGGUUGUUUCAUGGUACCAGCUUCGCAGGUGCUGAGGGCAUCACUACAGAGGACUUCAACAUUGACCUGGCCGGCUCUGCAGCUGGUACACUGUAUGGCCGUGGCGUCUAUCUUGCCGAGUGCUGCAGUAAGAGCGACGAGUACACCCAGGCCGAUGCUGAUGGUGUCCGGGUGAUGCUUGUGUGUCGUGCGACCCUGGGUUCCAUCCUGUACACAGACGAAGUCUCGCCUAACCCGGCGAAACUGGAAAAGUCAUGUGGCUUCAUGAGCAAAAAGCCUGGGUGGUACCACUCAGUUCUUGGAGAUCGUGAGAAAUGCCGAAACACCUACCGGGAAUUUAUUGUCUUCAAUGCGGACUUGGUGUACCCUGCAUUCAUUGUUCUCUACAAGCGUGAGUGUUCUGGCGUCGACUCGACGGCUGUGGCCACAGCACCAUCCCCAAUUAUCCCCGCGGCGCCGGCCCCGAGCUCAAUGCCGGUCCCCGUAACCCCGGCAACCGCCGCAACAGUGUCGGGCUCUCCGCCAGUGGCUCCAGCGACUGCUGCGACCCCGGCAACCAUGACCCCCGGCACGGUGAUCCCGGACGCGCCGCCCCCGAGCGCAACUGCUGUAACUAUCUCGAGGCACUCGAGCUCCCCGUCUCCGGCAACUUCUGCGGCGCUUGCGCCUCAGAUGCCUCAAGGAUCUCCCAGUGACCUGGUGCCCACACCGCAGCCCGAGCCGAGUUCUGGUGAGGAGCCAAAGUCCAACUCGGUCAGGGCCGGAGAAAAAGGGCAUGGACGAUCGACUUUAGUUUCACUUUGA